GCGGGAGCCCCACGAUGUAACGUCACUGCGGAUAUCGCCUCGGCUGAUUGGGUUGACGUUUGUAGACCCGCGGGCUAUCGGCUUUAUGAUUUUCCGAGACAAAUCGCUCCAUGCUCGCGAUCUUGAAGUGCAGGAAUAAUCGCAAAGUCGAAAUUAAUCUAAACUGAGUCCAGUUUGAUUACAUUGAGCCAUAAUGGACGUGGAAGGGGAGUUCUUAAAUAUAGGCUUGGAUCUCUUGAGCGAUGAGGAAAAUGAGGACAAGGCCGCAGACCGCACCGGUCAGACAGAGGAAGCGUUCCAGAGAGAAAAGGCUAGUUGGGAACCUAUAAUUGAGCGUGGAGAGAUAUGGAGAUCCAUAAAACUACCGCUUUCGACCAGCUUAAACAAGCCUGAAGGUCAGAAGCUGCUGCACGCCGUGGAAGAAUUGUAUUAUUUUCGGCGUUUCAAUGAAGCAAUUCAAUUCAUUGACAGAGCCCAACCUCAGCUCGCUGGAGAAGACAUCAAGGCGGCCAUGGCUCGCUAUAAAGAGAAAUGCCAAGCGAGAGAGCAACGUGCAACAAAGUCUUCAAAUCCCAACCAUGGCAAUUUGGGAUGAAAUUUCUACCAUUGC